AAACCGUUGUGUAAACUGUAAAGCGUAAACCUCAGGUGCGAACUGCUGUUGUGCGUGAAUUUAAAAACUAUAAAUGUUCAAUAUAUUUUAAAAUUUAACUGAAAUAAAUAGUUUUAUAAAUAAAAAUGACAAAAACAGUGAAGAAAUCAAACUACACUGAACCUUCUGCAUUCGGUAAAUUUUAUUUAAUAGCAUAUAACGGAAUCCAAAGUUUAGGAUGGUCAUAUUUAUUAUGGCAGACAAUUGUUCACUUUUUAAAUCGUGGGUCAUUAGAUACAUUCUGGAAUGAAAUAAAAUGGACAGUAUAUAUAUUUCAAAAUGCAGCAGUUUUAGAGAUACUCCACGCAGCAAUAGGACUGGUACCAUCAGGUGUAUUUAUUGUUCUUAUGCAAGUAUUCUCGAGGGUGUUCUUAGUAUGUGGAUCGCUAUUGGUCGCCCAUGGGCCGACUGUUAGUCCUGGACUUCCGUUAUGUAUCGUCGCCUGGGCGGUCACAGAGAUAAUACGUUAUGCGUAUUAUGCGCUGAAUAUUCUGAAGUGUGUACCAGAGCCUUUGAAGUUCUUACGGUACUCAACAUUCCUGUUACUCUAUCCCGUAGGAAUAACAGGCGAGCUUUUGUGCCUGUAUUAUACCCUAGAUGAUGUCAUAGAACAUAAUCUUUUCACAAUAUCAAUGCCGAACUCGUGGAAUUUCAUAUUUAAUUAUUAUUAUUUCCUUGUCUUCUAUAUGUUCUUGUAUAUUCCUCUGUUCCCUGUGCUGUUUGGUCAUAUGUUGAAGCAGAGGAAGAAAAUGUUGUUCGACGAGAAGAAAUCUAAAUAAAUAUAAAAUGCACUUAUUUAAAGAUUUUAGGUUUAUUUUAAAAGGCAAUUACAAUGUAUUAAAGUAUGUUUAGUAAAUUUUACUCAUGGCAUUACUUUAAUGAAAUCGCAUUAUAAUAUCUUCUGAAAACCAUCGAAUCAAGACGAUAUUUCAAUUUGAAUUCAGCUUGACUUACUCUGUGGCCGAUUUUGGACAGAUGUUCAAAUGAAACCCGUUUGAAGUGUCAACUGCUCGAGUAAAACAAGGCUGAAGUAAUACUUGAAUUUAACAAGACACGAAUAAUAUAAAAACGAUCUUAAUUCUAUGCAAUAAGGUUUUAUUUCUAAUAAGUUAUAGGAAUAGUUCAAUAAUAAUUUGUGUAGUAACUGCGGAUUGAAAUGAGUCUUGACUCGAUUAAUAAACAUAUUUUUGUCUAUGCUAAGUUUGACGUACCAUUUUUGACAGACUGUAAAAUAUAGAGAGUAGAGACAUACAGAUAAGUCAUGGUAAAGAAUCUAUGACAUUGUUCUUGUCUUUGAAUGUUUAAGUUAUUUAUUUUAAUUAAAUUUUUUUUGUUGCUCAAAAGUAAUUAUAUUUUAAUAUAUGAAAUGGUAGAAUUGUUUUAUUUUUUAUUGGUCUUUAAAUGAAUUAUCAUAUUGAUAAGUGGGUUAUGGGUUCUGGCCUCAUAUUAUGGACUUAUAGCGACGUAAGAUUUAGAGUAAGUCUAAGACUGGGUGUGACGUAUGUCAAAAAUGGAUUAUGACAGAUGGGAGUCAUUCGUGCGUUCUCCUUUCUAAAUGUGUUAAUACGUAGGCAGAAAUGUCACUGUCCUUAGAGGCCUUAUUAUAACAGUAUGUUUGUCUUUUUUUAAAAAUAAAAUGUUAAAAGAGAAA